UGUCACAAUAAUCUUUAAGGGUGCCAUUAAUUGUGGAACCUUCAUCUCAGAAUUACAAGUUGGAAACUCGGGCAUCAUCCUAGAGCUACAACUUCUCUGACGUUGUGAUUUUUCCGUCUGAGAUCUUUUUUUAUUUUCCCAGAGUUCCCAGUUGUCUUGAACUUACCAUGAUUGUCCCUCUCUGUCCUUCCCAGAAUGGCCUAAUGAACUGGAACAGAUUUUUCCCAUUGCUGAGACACAGAGGACAGAACCUUCCCCCAGAGCUACAACCACACCCCUCUCCACCGCUGCAGCCACACCCCUCUCCACUGUUGCAGCCACACCCCUCUCCACCGCUGCAGCCACACCCCUCUCCACCGCUGCAGCCACACCCCUCUCCACAGCAGCUCCACCCCACAGCUCCACCACUGCAGCCACACCCCUCUCCACAGCAGCUCCACCCCACAGCUCCACCACUGCUGGAGCCCACAGCUUCUCCCUUGGUCAACACUCCUGUAGCCGAAGAACAGGUUGCCAGAUUGAUGGAGAUGGGCUUCUCCAGAAUAGAUGCUCAGGAUGCCCUCAGAGCGUCCAACAACGACAUCAACGUGGCAACCAACUUUCUGCUGCAGCAUUUAGGGUAGGGAGGAGUUUGAAAGAUGUAGAACCUGAGAGAGAAAAACAACAGAGGGAACAGAAUGAAGUCUAGGUCUGAUCCAGUGAGCAGGGUCCUGGGGUUUGAGGCCAGGGUGACCGGGCUGCUCUGGAACUCCAGAGGACUACACAGAGAAUAACUCAACACAGACUACACAAUUACUAGGAGGAAAGGAGAGAGGAGGACAGUAAUGCUGCUGCUGUCCACUUCCUGAAGGGUGAAGAGGGCUGUCCACAGUGCUUCCUGGUAGUGGGUGAAGAGGGCUGUCCACAGUGCUUCCUGGUAGUGGGUGAAGAGGGCUGUCCACAGUGCUUCCUGGUAGUGGGUGAAGAGGGCUGUUCCAGAUAGUUUGGAUACUCUGUCCUGUCACCUCGCUGCUGAGGGACAGAAGAUGGAGGAUCAGAAGGCUGCUAUUCUCAGGGCUUGUUGCAUCUAGUGUCUUCUCUAUACUCUACCAUUACCAUGGUUCAUUGCGGCUUCCUCCACCUCACACACACCUUCGCCCAGAAAACACACACAUUCGCCAGUCCCUAAAGGUUUUCUUUUGUGUCAUUUGUCCAUGGACACUUAUUUAACACUCACACUCAGGGGUUUGAAAUGAGGAGAAUAUACUAAAUUAUGGAAACUGUCAAUCUUGUAUACUCAAUGAAAAACGUCUGCACAUGUAAUACUUAGUGUAUGGCUUGUAUGUAUAGCUGCUCAGUGGCUACAUUCUGGUUAACUACACUAUAGAAUAAAAUCAUGGUGACAAGAUAUUAAUUAUGAAAACUGUUUCACACAUUUAACACUUAUUUAUAUACUUUUUAUUUACUUUGUUUUGUUUUAUGUGACUGACUGUAUAAACGGAGGUGUGCUUGUUGUUUGGUUAACCUAUGCCCGUGUGUGGUGUUAUUAUGCUACAGAUUACAAAUGAUUAACAAUUUAACAAACUGCUUCCAACCACUGAAAUAUAUGCAAUGCGCUCUGCUGUGGUAACAGUGCUGUCCAUACAGCGUUACAACAGUAUAAUGGCCUGAUGAAUAAACCUACCUCUCACCUUCAGAUGCUUUUCUGAUUUUGUGCUUUACUUCACAGCAUUACUCGUGUAACAUUUUAUUGUGCUUUGGGAUGACUGCACUGACAUAGCGAAUAAUAGUUCCUGUUUUGAGAGAAAGAUUAAUUUUACACUGCCAUCUCCUGGUCGUUGUUGGAAUAGGCACUUUCUACAAGAGCCUAAAUUGUAAGGUGCUCUGAAUUUUGCUGUUUGAUUCUCAGCAGAAUUAUAAAUCAUGACAAUAAACCCGUUUUUACUCUCAA